GGAGACUGCGAUGGUGAACUUACGGGGUCUGUAUGAUCAACUUGUACGCCAGGCUGAAGUUUUAAGUGAAGGAAACGAAUGCCAGUUUAUUCAGUUAGCGAGGAACUUUGAAGAGUAUCGGAGAAAAUUGCAGAAAACGGAGCAUGAGCUUGGCAGGUACAAAGAUAUUCUCAUGAAAACUGAAGCUGAACGUAGUGCUUUGGAUGUGAAGCUGAAACAUGCUCGCAAUCAAGUGGAUGUGGAGAUCAAACGAAGGCAAAAAGCUGAAACGGACUGUGAAAAGCUGGAGCGGCAAAUACAACUGAUUCGAGAGCUGCUCAUGUGUGAUGCAUCUGGGAGUAUUCAGCUGAGUGAAGAACAGAAGUCUGCCCUUGCCUUUCUUAACAGGCCCCAGGUUUCUAUGGGGGGUUCAGGCAACAAAAGGCUGUCUACAAUAGAUGAAUCUGGCUCAAUUCUGUCAGACAUCAGCUUUGACAAGACUGAUGAGUCACUGGACUGGGAUUCCUCUGUGGUGAAAGCUGUCAGGCUGAAGAGGAGAGAGAAGCGG